AUGACUCACAAGCAUUGCUUUGAACCAUUAGACAGAAGUUUACACGAUGUAAUUCAUUGUCGAAAUGGUAAACCAUCUGAAUUAAGUUUUGGAGGCAAGGUUGUUGUCUUUGCCAAUGUUGAUGAGCUUCAAGAGUUUACAUAUUGGGUUCUCAAAGUUGGUGAUGAAAAGAUUGGAAGACCUAACAAUGGAGAGGCUACUAUCGAUAUACCUGAAGAUUUAUUAAUAAAAGUAGCAUUUGAUACAAUAGCUGCAGUUGUUGAUUGCAUAUAUCCUGGAAUUUGUGAGGGUUCAACUGAUAGGUCGUACUUUAAAGAGAGGGCAAUAUUAACACCAACAAAUGAGAUUUUUUAUGAGGUCAACGAACAUGUAUUGUCACUUUUUCCGGGAGAGGGAGUUCCAAACUAUAAUUUACUAUUAAAAGUUGGUGCUCCAAUUAUGAUGCUCAAAAAUAUGGAUCAGUCGGCAAGCUUAUGCAAUGGUACACGUUUAUUGGUUGAUCAUCUUGGUGAUCGAAUUAUAUAA